GACAGAGAGAGAGAGAGAGCGCGCAAGAGAGAGAGAGAGACAGAGAGAGAGCGCGCAAGAGAGAGAGAAAAGGAAGCUCAGUUCCUGCUGUAGAAGUUUUGAGUGGCAGUGAUCGCCAACAGUGUGUGUGUGUGUUCAGGAUGUCGGUGUGUGUGAGGGCUCGCAGUGUGUCAGGGCAUCCGGAGGGUCCGUACCGGGCGGUGGACAGUGUGGAGGCUCUGGCCAAGCAGGGCUUUGAGGGAGUGGACACACUGGACAAACUCUUCAGACACGCAGUGACCAACUUCAAACAGUUUCCCUGCCUGGGGACGAGGGAGAUAAUCUCUCAGGAGAAAGAGACCCAACCCGACGGGAAGGUCUUCCAGAAGCUGGUGCUGGGAGAGUACAGCUGGAAGUCAUAUGAGGACGUGGAGCGUGAGGUGGAGCUGCUGGGCAGUGGGCUAGCGGCGUUGGGUCAACAGCCAGCGACCAACAUCGCCAUCUUCUGUGAGACGCGAGCGGACUGGAUGGUCACUGCGCAGGCCUGCUUCAGACGCAACUACCCACUGGUGACACUCUAUGCCACUCUGGGAGAAGACGCUGUCGCUUUCGGCCUGAAUCAGUGUGGAGCAACUCUCCUCAUCACCAGCAAAGAGCUGCUGGACUCUAAGCUGAAGGCUGUGAUGGCUGAGGUUCCAGGACUGAAGCAUGUGAUCUACAUUGGCAGUGGGAGCGUCACUGCAGGAGAUUACCCACAAUCCCUGACAAUACAUAAAAUGCAGGACGUCAUAGACCUGGGAGCCAAACCUGAGAACUUGUCUGUUGAGUUUACUCCUCCCUCUCCAUCUGAUCUGGCUGUGGUGAUGUACACGAGUGGAUCAACCGGUCAGCCCAAAGGCGUCAAGAUGCUCCACACUAACCUUAUUGCUGGAAUGACUGGCCAAUGUCAACGCAUCCCAGGGCUAGGGUGUCAGGACGUGUAUAUUGGGUAUCUCCCUCUGGCUCAUGUUCUGGAACUGACAGCAGAAAUUUCCUGUUUAACAUACGGCUGCAGGAUCGGAUACUCGUCCCCACACACACUGUCAGACCAGUCCACUAAGAUUAAGAAGGGCAGUAAGGGGGACUGCUCCGUGCUGAAGCCCACUCUGAUCGCCGCUGUUCCGGAGAUUAUGGACCGGAUCUAUAAGAACGUGAUGAGUAAGGUCAACGAGUCCAGUCUGGUCCAGAGGACUCUGUUUAGGAUGGCCUACAGAUACAAGCUGCAGCAACUGGACAGCAGAGCGGACACACCCAUCUGCAACACGCUGGUGUUCAGGCGAGUGUGUGGUCUGUUAGGAGGGUGUGUGCGGUUGAUGUUGUGUGGUGGAGCUCCUCUUUAUCCCGACACUCACCGAUUCAUUAACGUGUGUUUCUGUCCCAUUGCCAUCGGCUACGGACUGACCGAGACCUGCGGAGCGGGGACCAUCUCAGAGUUCUCUGACUGUACGACAGGUCGGGUCGGGGCUCCUCUGAUCUGCUCAGAAAUAAAGCUGCGUGAUUGGCCUGAAGGAGGAUACACCAGUAAGGACAAGCCCCACCCUCGCGGAGAGAUUCUGAUUGGAGGGCCGAAUGUCGCCGCAGGUUACUAUGGCAGCACCGGGGAGGGGGACAGUGGGGAAUUCUGGGUAGACGAGGCGGGUCAGCGCUGGUUCUGCACGGGGGACGUGGGGGAGGUGCAUCCCGACGGCUGCCUGCAGAUAGUGGACCGUAAGAAGGACCUGGUGAAGCUCCAGGCUGGUGAGUACGUGUCUUUGGGGAAAGUCGAGUCGUCUCUGAAAAACUGCCCACUGAUCGACAACAUCUGCGCUUAUGCUAACAGCAGUCAGAACUACAUCAUCAGCUUUGUGGUGCCCAAUCAGAAGCGGCUAACUGAAGUGGCCAAAAAGCAUGGGAUCGUGGGCAAGUGGGAGGAGCUCUGCAAUGAUGCCGUUCUGGAACAGGAAGUGCUAAAGGCCAUCAAGGAAGUUGCUUCCACAAGUAAGCUGCAGCGCUCCGAGGUGCCCCUGAAGGUGCGUCUGAGUUCUCAGCCGUGGACCCCCGAGACCGGCCUGGUGACGGACGCCUUCAAGCUGAAGAGGAAGGAGCUGCAGAGACACUAUUUACAGGACAUUGAGCGCAUGUACGGCGCUAAAUAACAGACGGUCUCGGUUCUAAAGCGCAGUCGCACUCGACGUUCGCCGCUUCCGUCGUCACCAAAUCCCUCAGUUCGCUGCAUUAGCAUGGCGGCUAACUCGCUAGCAUAAAAUAUUAAUGCAGUGAUAUCAGAUUAUUCAGUGACUGUGACGUUAAAGUGCUGCUGUAGUAGUAAGGUGGAGGUGACCGGCGCCAUCAGCGUGCAGCUGCAGUUAGCCAAGGAGCUAACAUUGCAGUUAGCAAGUUGGCCAACUCCAUUAAGACGUACAGUAAAACUGACUGUGUGUCAAACAGUCUGUGCUUAUGGGUUUAUUUCAUCAUCAGUGCUGAAUAAAUGUUUAAAGCUUCAUGAUUGGACACUUUUUAAAUUAGUAUCAGUCACUAUCAGACACUAUCAGUCAUAGUUAGUCACUAAGAGUCACUAUUAGUUACAGUUGCUCACUGUUGGUGACUAUUAGUCACCGUUAGUCAUUAAUAGUCAUUUUUAGUCACUAAUAGUUACUAUUAGUCACUGUUAGUCACUAUUAGUCAUUGUUGGUCACUGAUAGUCACUAUUAGUCACUGAUAGUCACUAUUAGUCACUGUUAGUCACUAUUAGUCAUUGUUGGUCACUGAUAGUCACUAUUAGUCACUGAUAGUCACUAUUAGUCACUGUUAGUCACUAUUAGUCAUUGUUAGUCACUAUUAGUCAUUGUUGGUCACUGAUAGUCACUGUUAAUCACUAUUGUUUGAUUCACAUAUCAAACCUGAAGUGAAUUUAAUUAAAUGUAAUUUAAAGCUUACAAA